AUGGCAGAGAAAGAAAUUGAGCUGGACUCCAUCUCCUGUAAGAUAUGUUGGGACGUACUGAAGGAUCCGGUGACUACUCCCUGUGGACACAGCUACUGCAUGGACUGCCUUCAGUGCUUCUGGGAUAAAGAGAAACCACCAGUCAGCUGUCCUGAGUGUAAGCAGACCUUCAGACGCAGACCUGACCUGUUGAAAAACACCAUGUUAGCAUGUCUGGUGGAGGAACUGAAGACGGGACUCCUGCCUAUGGAAUCAACUGAGAUGUACGGUGAGAUUAGACGUACUUCACUUGAUAUCCAGCAAAUAAUCCAGGAGGGAGAGGAAGAUGUGAAGCUACUUCGACAGGAGAGAAGAUCUGAUGUGAAGCAGCAGAUCAAAACCGAGCAGGAAACUGGAGUGAGGCGAGUCAAAGAUCAUCAGGAGAAGCUGGAGCAGAGGAUCACCGACCUGAGGGGAAAAGUUGCAGACCUGGAGAAGGUCUUUCUCCAAGCUCAUCGACUAAAGAACACUGACCUGGAGGACCUGUUUGACUCUAUAGAACUAACCAGCAGCGACAUCUCUCCCACGCCAAAGUUUGAGGAGGUGAAAGCAGCCGUCUCAGAACUCAGAGAUAGAAUUACGGAUGCUCUGAGAGAGACAGAAAUCUCAAAGAUGGAGACUCAGGAUGUUUCACUGACCAAUCUAGAGCCAGAGACCAGAGUUGAAUGCCUUAAAUAUGCUCGUAGAGUCACCAUGGACCCUAACACAAUAAAUAACAGAUUGAGAUUAUCCAUGGGGAACAGAUUAGUGACAUUAGGGGAUAAGGAACUGUCGUAUCGAAGCAACGUAGAAAGAUUCACCAAAGGUUGGCAGGCCCUGAGCCGCCAGAGUCUGACUGGACGUUGUUACUUCGAGGUGGAGAUUUGGGGAGCAGCUACUAUUGCACUUUCGUACAAGAGCAUCAGCAGAGACUUACUUUUUGAGGACGACAGCCUGUCCUGGAAAGUGUUUUGCUGUAAUCAUGGUCCUACAUUUGAGUUUUUAGACUCCAGGAAAGUGGACAUGGGGGACAUUACAUUUGGAUUCAAUGACCUCUGCAGCUAUUCAUUAAAUGAUCACACUAUGCUUGGUGUAUUUGAGUCUGAAAUCUCAGGUCCUCAGUCCUCCAGAGUAGGAGUGUACCUGGAUCACGAUGCAGGUAUCCUGUGCUUCUACAGACUCUCUGAAACCAUGACCCUCCUCCACCGAGUGGAGACCAGAUUCACUGAGCCUCUCCACGCCGGAGUUGCAUUGUAUGGUCCUGGUGGUCCUCAUGGUGACAGAGUUGAGUUCAGCAAACUCUCAGAACGAAAGUAA